CAAAAAGGGAGCUGGGUCCAAAGGCUAAAAAAGCUGGAAAGCGUUUUCCAAUUUAUAAGGGCAUAGUUUGGGCAAGGUGAUUUCUACAUUCUACAAAGUUUGCUGAAUUACUCUCCUAUGAUGAUGGAGAAGUCACCGGGUUCUGCCAACCUUCAAGGAGGCCAGGAAAAGAGCAAGAGGGCGAUCCUGAGGUCCACCAAGAGGGCAUGGACCCCCCUGGAUGAGCAGCUGCCUCCUGGCACUUUGGAGGAAAGCCAUGGUCUGAGCAUCCCCACGAUGGAAGAUUCUAAACAAGGAAGUAUUCAGCAGUGGCUGGACUCUGGAUUUUUUGUCUCUGUAAAUGAAAAUUUUCAGCAAGGCAUUGACCACUCUGUUUCUGUGCAUGAACAAGGAGUGGUUCAAAUGACUGUGAAAGACUACAUGAGAUCUCUGCAUCAGUUUUCAGAAACUCCUGCCCUAUCCAGAGGGACCAGUUUCAACUCUUGCCAUUCUGCUGCAAAUGUACCACAAAGCAUUCCUGAAUGGUUACAAUUUUGGGAAGAAGAUCCAGUGGAGAUUCUCCUGGAUUUGGGGUUUGGUGCUGAAGAGCCAGACAUAUGCACACAAAUCCCAGCCAGAUUUCUGGGUUGUGGCUCUGCAGCCAAAGGAAUCAACAUCCAUGUUUUUCUUGAAGCACAAAAGCAGCGCAUGGAAACUGAGAACCCUAGCUUGUGUGGCCGUUUCCGACAGCUGGAAAUCCUGGACCAUGUGACCAAUGCCUUCUCCUCUUUGCUGAAUGAUAUUAACAUCCUACAGAACAAAGCUGAAGAGAAAGAUGGAGGAAAGAGUAUGCAAAAAGGCACAGUGAGUGGGGCCAAAGAACAUCGAAGAAGAAUAGAUGAACUUUUCAGGACAGCUUCAAAAUGGAGCAUUAGCAGGGACUGUUACCCAGAAAUGUUGGAAUCAUUGAAGACGAAGGACAAAGUUUUCAUCCCCUCUGCAAAACCAGAAAAGAGUGGAGCAGAGUUACCAGGGAUAACAAACAGCCACGAUCAAAGUCAUUUGUCUACUUCGGCAGAACCUCAGUCUCUCCAAGCCUGUGCUGACCAGAUACCAAGGCAUCCUCCCCCAUCUCUUCUGGGCAAAAGCUGGCCUCUCUCAUGCAUGCUGGCCAAGCAUGCACCCCCUUCCUAUGCGCCUGGCAAUUUGGUCAGCAGCAGAACCCGAAAGGAGAACUGGAUUCAGACUAACAGACUCAAAAACAUGUCUCAUCUUGCGGAUAAAUCCCCAGACUCCUUUGAAAUGGAAGAGGUCCAGAGCUUUGAAGAAGAGAUUGGCAAGCCUCUUGACAUAACUUCAGGAACUCUAGGUGCCGGGGUGAACAGAGCAAACAGUUGUCAGUCUGACAGCAGUGGGUUCCUGGAGGAGCCACCAGAACCGCUGUCCCUCCAGAUGCCUUCCUUGCCAAGCAACCAGAGCCCUAUUGAGAAUGGAUGCAGAAAGGCAAGGGAUCAGAGCCACAACUUAGCAUCAACCCAGAACCGUCAGCAAGAGUCUUAUAAGUCUGAUUCCAAGAGUAUGGUGAGCACACCUUUUUCAAGCCAAGACUGGAGUGUCUUGAAAGAAAAGACCUCAACAUUUGUGGUGGACAAAGAGUCUCAGCCUGAUGCCAUGGAGGGUCCAUCAGAGCUGUUGAUCCCAGAUAUGGCCCCUGGAAAGACCCCCACCAGUGGGGGUGGAUACACAAUGAAGGACAGCUACCUGCAGCACCUCCCGUCAACACCCCACAUUGAAUAUGACGUUGUUGGAAGCACAGUCACUUCCAAAUGUGACUGCCUUCUGGGCUUUAUGGCAGCCCACAUCACAGAAGUGAAAGAAGAGCUUCUGAGGCCUGAGGAAGCAGGGGGAGUAUAUGUAGAAAGCCACCACCAGGAGUCUCAAAGGUCACCUGGAAAUGAAUGUGCUCAAGAUAAGUUCAUUCAUGUCGACUCUGAGGCCCCAAGAGCAGGGAAAACCAGCAAACUCAGUCCUGACAUCAGCAACAUCUUGCUGACACUAGAAAGUCCACCACAGCUUAUCUCCAAGCACAGUGAAGUCACCUCCCAUAAAGGUAACCUUAUUCAUACAGCUGAGGAUUCCACUGCCUACCCAGAUAAACCGUCGGGAGAUAUCCUCCAAGCAAAGCCAAGCAGUAGUGCUUUGGGUCAGAUGCCAUGUAGGGCAGAAGCCAAGAUGGGAAACACUUCUCCAAAUGCUGACUCAAACACAGGCAGCUCCAGGUCUGUGACAGUCCGGAUGCCCUCCAAUCUGGUGUCAGCUGCUCAGAGUGCUCCCGCCUUAGGGACUGAUUCUAUAGGAACAUCUUUGGAAUGCAUUGUGUGUGACCCUAUUACCCCAGCAGGACCAGGACUGGGGAUGGAGGCGAGGCAGUCCAAAGACGCUUCCGUUCAGGCUUAUUUAUUUGAGCCCAGACCCUGGCAAUGCUGUUCGGCCUUAAGUAACAAGGCCUUGAAACACAGACACCAGCCCCUCACCAAGUCUAUCUCUCUAGACACAGGCUUUCCUGGUGCCCACCUGGUGGGCAUCUGCCAUGCCUCGCCUGUGCACUGCUGCAUCUGCCGUCAUCGCCAUCUCCACUGCCCCGCGGAGAGGAAAAGCCCCAGCCCCACGCCCUCAGCCUGUACCCAUUGCCUGUGCUCAUAUAUUGAUCAUCUGGAAGCCCAGGUCAUGGAGACAUUGAAAGUCCUCCAGGAUACUACAGUGAGAGAGCUCUGUUCCUGCACAGUACACGAGAUGGAAAUGAUGAAGACGGUAUGCCACAGUUUCCGGGAGCAUUUAGAAGAAAUCGAACAGCAUCUUGUGAGGCAGCAGACACUCUUUUCCAGGGACAUGUCAGAGGAGGAAAGGGAGGAGGCCUGGCAACUGCAGACUCUACGGGAGGCCCUGCGACAGCAGGUGGCGGAGCUGGAGUUUCAGUUAGGAGACCGUGCUCGGCAAAUCAGAGAAGGGAUUCUGUUGCAGCUUGAGCUUAUCACAGGGGAACUGCCUGAACUCUAUGCCCACCUGCGUCAAUAUAACUGGACCGAAGGAACAAAUGGCCAGACUUUAUGUGCUAAAGCCCUAAUGCACCCAGCCACGGCUGCCAGGGCUGCCUUUCUUCCCAACGAUGGGCAGCAGGCUCCUGGCUCAGGGGUGGCCCAUUUGGUUGCCUUCGCUCCACCAGCCAUGGAAAGCAGAAUCAGGAUGUCUCCUCCAUCACCAGCUCGGCCAGAGUCAGCUAAAGAAGUCUUUCAAGAAUUCAUUUGGUAGUGACAAUCACUGAAUGACAAAUUGGGAAGACAAGAGAAAGAAAAAAAUGACGUGGACUUUCUUUUUUGUUUUUACAGUUUUGACUUCUUCCUUACUUAGCUGUCCCAAUUUUUCAUCUUUAUUCACAGAAGAAUGAAACAGAUGACUUUGCUGUUGGAAAACCUUGGUAUCUGAUUUUCCUUUCCUCCCAAAGGGUCUAUUCCAAAUUUGACAAGCUCAAUUAAAUAUACAUAUUUGAUUAGGUAGGUCAGGGUAAAGGUUAUUUUUUUUCUCAAGGCUAACAUCUCCAUCACUUGCAGAGUAUGUAUGUAUAAAAUAGCCAAUUACAAAAAUUUUGGAAAUAUGAAUAGGCUUUCAAAUGUAUCUAGAUGUUUCACUGUGAGGAUACAGCUGAAGCAUUCUAGGAAGUUGGGCAAGUAAACAAGUCUCCUUUACAGUGGAAACAUUAAAAGAUGAGAAACUGGGUGACUGGGUAUUUUGAAUAUUAUUUAUAGCACAUGAGGAUAUGAAGCAAAUCUCUCAAGGACUGAAUCUAAAGCAAGCACUCAGAUAAACGAAGUUAUCUUUUAAUGCCCCCUAUAUUUUUUUCUGCCACCUUUUUCAUAAAUACAUUUCAUAAAAUUAUGCAUAUAUCAUAAUAUGUUCUACUCCGACUCAACCUAAAACUUCAUAAAUCAUUAUGCAUAUGGACAAAAUGUCAAAGCAUUUUCUGCAGUUACCCUGCAAAACAAAUAUCUCCCACCUAGGCCUUCAGGCAUUCCUAGCUGGCCUGUGCUUUUAUUUCAAUGUGACGCACAAUGCCCAUGCCAAACACAUGGCAAUCUCCUGCCCUCAAAAGCAGGUGCACAGCAAAGCUAUUCAUUAGACUUGGAACCCCCCCCUCCAAGAACCUAGUUUUAGCCUAAAUAAGAUUACAUUUUUGAGCUCAGACUUCUUUUUUACCAGAGUUGCUUCCACACAAAAUAAGUGGAAAUGAAGAUUUGGUGGUUAUUACUUCAUGUGAUCAAACUGGAUAAAAUGACUGACAGUGCAAGUCGCCAUUUGCUUGUGCAGAAAUAGAAGUCUUUUGCAGGUGACCAAUUUUACCUCAUGUGAGCCUCACAACACCAAGGGAAGUAUUCCCCAUUUGAACAGUGAACAAGCUAAGAUAUGGACAGAUUGGCCUACACAGACACACACCGAGUCUGCAGUUUAUUAUAACAAGAGGCAUUUGAGCCCUGGGGCUAAGAAGGGAUUGAUUCUACUACUUACUAUUUACGUGGCCUUAGAUAAACUAGUCAAUUUCCCUAGGCCUCAGUGUCAUAAUCUGUAAAUUGACACAGUCAGUGCAUAUGUAACCCUUUGGAACAAACCUGGGACAUGUAGGGCUCUGUAAAUGAUAGUAUUAAUGAUAACUAGGAUGAUGACUAUAAUGAGUAGAUGGCAUUUACUGAAUGUCUACCUACAUUUAAGGUCCUGGGCAAAGCACUUUAUGUUUAUUAUCACUUAUCUUUACAACAAUCUUGAGAGGUAGGAAAUAAUCUACAAACACACACACACACACACACACACACACACACACACGAGUUUAAAGAGACUGUAAAUUGUCUGUCAUCCAGCAACUAGUAAGUGCUUGAGUUCACUCUCUGAUUUCCUGUUUUGCUAAAACAGUGGCUGUUAUUAUGUCUUUGCCAAGCCCUGGGCUUAUGUGGAGACCACUUAUGGGCCCAUAUCAACCAGAGUAGCCUUGCUUCUACUGGCAUUAAACAACAGACUUUAGCAGAGAUCUUAUUUCAAGGAAAAUGUCUCAUUGCUAUAGAAAAGUUGACAAGUAGUGCAUUGGGUUAAUCUCAUUUGGCUCUGGCAGCUGGAUAUGGUUUUGAAUUGCUUCUCUACAUGGAGAUGACUUCCACCAAUGGGAAACCUCCCAAUCUACCACCCUGGUAACUCUUAGCUUGCUACCAUUUGCCUUACCACCAUGCUUGUAAGAGUAACGUCAAGAUUACAAGGGGUGACAGUGUGAUUGUGAAGACCUUGUGGAUCACACCCCCUUUAUCUAGUGUAUGGAUGAGUAGAAAAAUGGGGAUAAAAACUAAAGGACAAAUAGG